AUGGCGAUUCCACAAAGAAACAAGCGCAAAGCAAGAUCCUCGCCGGAACGGCUAACACAACCGCCGGAACUACCACACAACUCCGACGUUCCUUCUUCUUCGUCUUCUUCUGCCGCUGAUAAUUUCUUUUCUUGGUCGACGAAACAGUUUGCUUUCCCGCCAGGUUAUAGAUUUGUACCAAAGGACCAAGAACUCAUCUUUCAUUACUUGAAACCCUUUUCGCAAGGCAAUAAAUGCUCAUUGCUCAAUGUUCCUAUCCAUCGUGUGAACAUCUACGAGUCAAAUCCACAACAUCUUUCAGAGAAAUAUGAGAAGGGUAAUGAUAAAGAUUGGUUCUAUAUAUCGGAGAGGACCAAGACCGGUAAGGCUGGAAGAAGUAAUAAACGUGUCGACAAUGGAGGAUAUUGGAGCGCAACUGUAGCUGCCCAAAAGAUCAACGCUGGAAAUGGCAUAGUCGGCUACAAGACUUCACUAGAGUACUAUGUUGGGAAACAAUCAAAUAGUGUCAAAGGGGAUUGGUUAAUGCAAGAGUACUGGUUUGAGUCUUCUGAUGAUAACAACAACGAGAAGGUGGAUCAUGCUUUGUGCAAGAUUUAUCUGACUCCAGCGGCAGCAAAGAAGAAGAAAGCUGAGGAAGCAGAGAAUGAGAAGCUGAAGAAAGAAGAAGACGUUGAGCAGCUGGAUUUGAAUCAACCAGACCAAUUGCAGCUGCAACAGCCUCAUGAUAUUGUGUAUCAACCGCAGUAUUGUUUACUUCCAGAACAUCAUCAGCCGCAGCCUUUUCCUGAUAACUUUUCUGAGUUGAUCAGCUUUCAACAGCAACCAGUGAUGAUCCCAGACGAUUUUGAAGAUUUCUUGGCUGAAUUCACUAAACCACAUUCACUGGAUGGAGAUGAAGAAUUCAACAAUUAUGGUUUGUUUGAAGGCUUCUUUGACACAGAAGGAAUGAUAAAACAUUAA